AUGCCAACCACCGAAAACUCCACAAAUGAAACUCAAAAUCAGGCAUCCCCGGCAAACAGUGGAAGUGGAACCGCGAAUAUCUCGGACACAAUUGUGCAGGUGGGGGCGAGUGUCAAAGCCCCGAUACCUUCUGUCAGUAGCCCUGCAAUCCCCGCCACCAUUUCGAAAGGUACAACGAAAGACCCCGAACCUGGCCAAACCCAGCCACAGAACGCAAAUAAUGGAUCCAGUGCCACCCAGCUUCCCGUGUCCGUGAUGCAUGUUGCACCUACUACCUCCACCGUGACGGUCGCACCUGUCCAGGCAAGCGCUCAACCAGUUACCUCAUCCAUAAACUCAGUCGUGAGCAACCCGGCUCCAAAGGUGGUCAUGACAACCACGGGACCGAGACCCAUUUCUCCGGUGGUGGCGGGACCGAGAGUGAGCUCUCCAACGGUGACCAUGAGCGCACAACCACCGGCGCGCAUGAGCUCUCCUUUGGGACCAGCCGUGACUCGAGUUGCCACCGCGACCCAGGCACCGGGGAAGGCUGCAGUGAUAGCCAUACCAAGACCAACAACUUUUCAGCAACCAGCUGCAUCCGUCAGACCCCCACAGACCACGUCUGUCCAGCUUCCAGCCAACUUUCAAAUCCCGCCAGGUGAGUGCCUGCCUAGGCAUCACCUGGGACUGAUAAAAAAGCAAAGUGGAGGGAGUAGUGAUAUUGGGGGAAAAAGGUAGUGGCUCUUUCUCAAUUCAUCCUUCCUCGAUUCCUCUCGCCUCCUUCUCAAACCGCAUUGAAGUUCCAAGGUCCCUCCCCUCCGACCUUCUCCUCCAAUGCAUUUUGAGAAGGAGCAGAGGAGAGAGGACACAAGGAAUCAAUGGAAGAUUAAUUGGGAAAGGGCCUGUGUGCCUAUUAAGGGGCACUUUUUAACAUAGACACUGGUAUGGUGCAGUGAAGUGCCCCUUUUAAUGUGAUGUUCUGUCAACAGGCAUGGUGCUCAUCCGUAGUGACAGUGGUCAACUGAUGCUGGUGUCCCAACAAGCUUUGGCCGCAGCCCAGGGCCUCGCAGCCAGAACUCCUGGCACUGGGACCUCUCCUAGCUCCAGGCCACCCGCCACGCAGGUGUGUGUUUGUGUUUGAUAAACUGUGACAGGUGUCUGAUCUUAUACUAUGUACAGUACCAGUCAAAAGUUUGGACACACCUACUCAUUCAAGGGUUUUUCUUUAUUUUUUCUAUUUUCUACAUAGUAGAAUAAUAGUGAAGACAUCAAAACUAUGAAAUAACACAUGGAAUCAUAUAGUAACAAAAAAAGUGUUAAAACAAAUUAAAUAUUUGAGAUUCUUCAAAUAGCCACCCUUUGCCUUGAUGACAGCUUUGCACACUCUUGGCAUUCUCUCAACCAGCUUCACCUGGAGUGCUUUUCCAACAGUUUUGAAGGAGUUCCCACAUAUGCUGAGCACUUGUUGGCUGCAUUUCCUUCACUCUGCCAUCCGACUCAUCCCAAACCAUCUCAAUUGAGUUGAGGUCGGGGGUUUGUGGAGGCCAGGUCAUCUGAUGCAGCACUACAUCACUCUCCUUCUUGUUAAAAUAGCCCUUACACAGCCUGGAGGUGUGUUGGGUCAUUGUUCUGUUGAAAAACAAAUGAUAGUCCCACUAAGCCCAAACCAGAUGGGAUGGCGUAUCGCUGCAGAAUGCUGUGGUAGCCAUGCUGGUUAAGUGUGCCUUGAAUUCUAACUAAAUCACAGACUGUGUCACCAGCAAAACACCCCCACACCAUAACACCUCCUCCUCCAUGCUUUACGGUGGGAACUACACAUGCAGAGAUCGUCCGUUCACCCACACCGCGUCUCACAAAGACACGGCGGUUGGAACCAAAAAUCUCAAAGUUUGGACUCCAGACCAAAGGACAAAUUUCCACCAGUCUAAUGUCCAUUGCUCUUGUUUCUUGGCCCAAACAGGUCUCUUCUUCUGAUUGGUGUCCUUUAGUAGUGGUUUCUUUGCAGCAAUUCGACCAUGAAGGCCUGAUUCACACAGUCCCUUCUGAACAGUUGAUGUUGAGAUGUCUGUGACUUGAACUCUGUGAAGCAUUUAUUUGGGCUGCAAUUUCUGAGGCUGGUAACUCUAGUGAACUUAUCCUCUGCAGCAGAAACAACUCUGGGUCUUCCUUUCCUGUGGCGGUCUUCAUGAGAGCCAGUUUCAUCAUAGCGCUUGAUGGUUUUUGCGACGGCACUUGAAGAAACUUUCAAAGUUCUUGAAAUGUUCCGUAUUGACUGACCUUCAUGUCUUAAAGUAAUGAUGGACUGUCGUUUCUAUUUGUUUAUUUGAGCUGUUCUUGCCAUAAUAUGGACUUGGUCUUUUACCAAAUAGGGCUAUCUUCUGUAUACCCCCCCCUACCUUGUCACAACACAACUGAUUGGCUCAAACGCAUUAAGAUGGAAAGAAAUUCCACAAAUUAACUUUUAAGAAGGCACAUGUGUUAAUUGAAAUGCAUUCCAGGUGACUACCUCAUGAAGCUGGUUGAGAGAAUGCCAAGAGUGUGCAAAGCUGUCAUCUAGGCAAAGGGUGGCUAUUUGAAGAAUCUCAAAUAUAAUAUAUAUUUUGAUUUGUUUAACACUUUUUUGGUUACUACAUGAUUCCAUAUGUGUUAUUUCAUAGUUUUGAUGUCUUCACUAUUAUUCUACAAUGUAAAAAUAAAGAAAAACCCUUGAAUGAGUAGGUGUGUCCAAACUUUUGACUGGUAGUGUGAAUGGAAGAUUAAUGUGUGUGUUAGGGCUGUCAAUGUGUGUGUGCACUAGAUUUCCGCAUUACUUUGAAUACAGACCCAGCUGUUAUGUCAUUUAAAGGUGUCUGCAGCGACUGUCGUGAGAAAAGCUGAGAAUCCAGGGGUGAUCAGAGUGCCUCCUCCUCCUAACCCCCAUGUGACCACAGCACAGAGAACCCCCUUGGUUAAGGUACGCACGCUAAUCUCUGGUCUCAAGCAAUGGUCAAGUUCUGGUUUAGUGUAUGAUCAAACUACAGGUAUGGUCCCAGUAGUGGUUUGAUUAGUGGAUAAAGAGUGGUUAAUAUAGUGGGGUAACAUUGGACAUUACCACUAUGACUUUUCAGUUACCAUUUUCUGUGUGUGCGUGCGUGUUUUGCUCCGCUUCACUCCAGGUGGUAGGGGCUGUUCUGACCCCUCCUGCAGGCCAGAGCCAGACCCCCAGGCCUAUGAUCCGCCCAGUGGCCCCUGUCACAGUCACCCGUUCUCCUGGCCCUGGUCCUCUCAUCAUCCCAACCAAACCCACCAACACCCCCAGGGCCACACCCCCCAGCAUCACACCUGUGAGUCAGACCGCCGACUGGGAUUGGCUAAAGCUAUUGUUUAGCAUGUUAUCUCUGGGUCAUGUUCAUUAAGGUGUAAUGCUACAGAAUGUUCAAAUAGUAAUGUAUAGUGUGCAGAAUAUAAAUGAUUGUCUUCCAGGUAGGUGGGGAAUUUUGUCAGCUCUAUUCAUUACAUUUCUAUUGGCACAUUUCACAUCUUUGGAUACACCCAAGGUUAGUAUGUCUUUCUGUUGCUCAGUAUGACCUCUGACAUGUCCCAUUAUGCUCUCUGUUCAGGAGGUCCUGGAGAAUGUGAAGAAGUGUAAGAACUUCCUGGUGACGCUGAUCAAGCUGGCCUCUAGUGGGACCCACUCUGCUGACAUGGCCAAGAACGUCCGAGAGCUUGUCAAGAGCCUGCUGGUACACACACACUGUGUAAAAUAAAUAAUACAGAUAACGAGCUAUAAUGUAUGCUCACAGUUUUUUGAAAAUUAUAUUGUUUUAUACUAAUACAGUUGCUCAGAGAAAAAUAUUUUGUUUAAGAGGUUUAAAAAUAAAUCUAAAAAAAUAAAUAAUUAGCCUUUUUCUAUAACGUUUUAUGAGAUUGAAGAACACAUUGGGAGGGAUCUUAGACAAUUCGUCCAUACGUAAUCUUUCCAGAUCCUUCAGUCGCACUUAUGGACUGCCCUCUUCAAUUCAAACCACAUGUUUUCGAUGGGGUUUAAGUCUGGAGACUGAUAUGGCCGUUGCAAAAUGUUGAUUUUGUGGUCAAUUAACCAUAUCUUUGUGCACAUCCUGUCUUUGUGCACAUGAUGUCUACAACAGAGGACAUUUAUUAACAAGCUCUUAUUUAGCUCUUAUUUAAUGUGGGGGGGGAAAUUACACUGCUCUGAAAACCCACCAAACUAUUCCUGAGAUAUUUACCUAUUAGAAACAAUUUGAAUAUCAAACUCACAGAAAUGAUAAUUACACAACUACACACAUUUACCAUAAAAGUAGCUAAUUGUGAUGGUAGCCAUUUUGAAGAAUCAGAAAGAAAAAAUGAUUAAGGUGACAACCCCACACGUGAUAUCAUUGAAAAGCCCAAAAUGUCCUCUCAAAGGUACAAUAGGACAUAACACAGUGGCAUGUAUGGCCUUAGAGAUACGGACCAAAAACAAAUGUCCAUUAUAAAAAUGACUUGCUGGGUCUCAGGAGGAUAUACAGUAACAUUUUAGAGUAAGACUAAAAUACAUAAACUAUGCCUUCCAAUAAGGAGAAAGUAAAGGGUGCCGUGGCCUUCCUGUGAAGAAAAGUUAUAGAAUUUUAAUUUCAUAUAAAACCUUUUUGUUUGGAGUCAAACUUGUGGCUCAGGAUUAUAGAGUAAAGAAAAAUAGAAGUGUCAUUUUAAACACUUAUUGGAUAACAGCUCAGCACUGUGUACUUAAAAUGUAAUAUAUGGUGUUUGUUAAUCCUGAAGUAGAUAUACAAAAAUAUCUAAUGGGGGUUUAACUGGGUUCGUAACCAGGGAAAAGCACGCACUCACAUGCUCACACUAGAAUAAUAAUCACAAGUUCUAAUGCUUUCUCAUACACACUUUUUUUCCUGGCACUCUGUCUUCUGUCCUCCAGGAUGGGAGACUUGAACCUGAGGAGUUCACUGACCAACUCUACCGUGAGCUCAAGUCUUCUCCCCAGCCCUACCUGGUGCCCUUUCUCAAGGUGAUGUGAUCAGAGAGAAACACCAACACAUUCAGACCACAGACACGUUCAACCCAGCUUGUCACAGACUGGACAUUCUCUUCCUUAUUCUUCUGCCUCUCUACUCCUCUCCUCCUCUCUCAUUCUCUCUCUCUCUACUCCUCUCCUCUUCUCCCUCUCUGUUCUCCUCUCUCUCUCCUCUCUAUUCCUCUCUCUCCUUACUCCAUGCCUCCAGAAAAGUCUCCCAGCUGUGCGGCAGCUCACCCCCAACCCACAGCUCUUCAUCCAGGAGGUUGACCAACCCAAGCCACAGGCUCCAGCCGCCUCCAAGGCCCCGGCCCCCACUCCAGGCCGCACCCCUACCCUCCUCUCCACCAACGCGAGGCCUGCCCACCUCAGCGCUGCUAGUGGCCAGCCAAUCAAAUCCACCCAGCUAGUAAGCCACACCCUCUCAAUGGUUACCCCUUUUCACCCAAGCGUCAGUCAGAGGUUUCCAUCAGGAUGUAAGGUAUUCCUUUUAUUCAACACAUGCCAAUCAUACAUAUCCUAUCGAUCACCCAUAUACCUAUCACACAAACGUCAAGCAUGAUCCCAGGUCAGGGCUCCUAUAUUCUCAGGUCUAUAUCCAUUCAAAAGCUCUGGGCUUGGAGACUCCAACCCUGUAUAAAGUACCUGAGGUUUACAUAGUAAUCCAGUUAGUGUAAUUGAGAUGUAGAGUCCCUGUUGUGUAGCAGGCAGCUCACUUCUUGAAGUUCUUCUCUGUACUUUGUCUUCAUUCUCGCUCUCCUAACUCACAGAGCCCUGAGGUUAGGCCUAAUUAUGUUAGAGCCUAGGCUGAGGACUAACUAGGUUACAGCUACUGUUCCCAAAAUGAGGAUUCUCAUCAGUUCUCCUCUGCAGACAGAGACACACAGCUCUCUCACCUUCAGAGGGAAAACUCAUAAUGUGGAGAGCAAUCACAACAUUAUUCAGAUUUUCUGUAAUGGUAUUUCCUUAAUUAACAGUGUGAUUGCCCCCAGUUUUGUGUGAAUGCCCAGAAUACAUUUACAUACACGAAUGGCCCAAACUGUGAGAAGAAAAGCUCUGUAUGAGUGGAUGUAGUUCUGUUCGUUUGGAGUUUUAGGAGCAUCACACUCAGCAUUAUUCUUCACUCCCUGAGUAGAUCAGAUCCAUGUCCAGAUGGUCUGGUUUGUGAAUGGUUUAUCUAAUUGUGUUCCAGAGGCUCAUUUUGAGGUGUGUUUGCCCCACCACAGGUGAUCCAGCAGCCUAGAGGUGUGGUGUAUAAGCCUGCUGUGACAACCUCCGCCCCGGCCCGUACAUACCUGUCUGUUCAGAACAGGAGCCUGGCCAAACCCAUGGUCCUACAGUCAGGACAGCACUACAACACAGGUAGAACCACACUCACACUCACACAGCACCACAACACAGGUCAACCACACCUUACACAUCAACUGGCUAAGGCCUUGUUCUCCUCAGUUCUUUAUGUUGUCAUCUCCCUUGUUGUCCCCCUAGGAGCUAUUGUCAGGCGGACUCCUUUCCUGGUCCCACCUCCUCCAGCCCAGAGACAUCCCUUCAAGGACAGUGUUGGUUCCUUCAGGUAACACAUACAUUUGUGACCAGAGCCUGUUGUGUACUGCACUAGUAUGUAUGGAGGGUCCAAAUAUUGCGUAGCUAUUCACUGAACGCUAAUUCACUCUAAGCCAGAACCCAGUUAUCUUGUGUGUCUGAGGUAGAUUUUUUUGUCUGUUAACUCUGUUUAUUUGCUUACCUCAGGGAGGAGGAUGACAUCAACGAUGUGGCCUCCAUGGCUGGGGUCAACGUAAGCGAGGAGAAUGCCCGUAUCCUAGCAACCAACUCUGGGCUGGUGGGCUCUGUGGAACGAUCCUGUCAGGACGAACCCUUCCUGUCCCCAGCCCCGCUGCUCACACACAUCCUCCACACUGGUACCCACAAUCCUCCUCUACUGCGCACACACAUCCUCCACAAUGGUAUCCACAAUCCACCUUUACUGCUCACACACAUCCUCCACACCAGUACCCACAAUCCUUCUCCACUGCUCACACAUCCUCCACACCGGUACCUAGUAAAGCUGUACAACUUCGGCACUCCUUCUGAGCUUUAGAUAGGUGUCAUGCCUCUGGUCACCAGCAGGGUGCAAUGUUGAUUAGAAAUGGACCAUUCUUAACCUCAGAUAGAGAAAACAAUGAAUCUCCCUCUCGCCUCAGUGUUUCAAAAUUGUAGGAGAAAUUAGCAGAAUGGAAUUAGUGUGGCAUAGUGGUGAUGUCAAAAUGUUUAGAAUUAAAGGUUUUAUAUGAUGGUGUGUUCAUCUCUCUCAGGUGAGAAGUUUGGAGUGUCUGAGGUGGGGUCAGACGUGAUCAGUCUGGUGUCUCACGCCACACAGGAGCGUCUCAGAGACCUGCUGGAGAAAGUCACUGUGGUGGCACAGCAUCGCAAGAUGGCCCUCAAGGUGUCCUACCCUGGCAUCAUUAUAUUAUACACACUACAACAGCCCUACCCUGACAUCAUUAUAUUCUACACACUACAACAGCCCUACCCUGACAUCAUUAUAUUAUACACACUACAACAGCCCUACCCUGACAUCAUUAUAUUCUACACACUACAACAGCCCUACCCUGACAUCAUUAUAUUCUACACACUACAACAGCCCUACCCUGACAUCAUUAUAUUCUACACACUACAACAGCCCUACCCUGACAUCAUUAUAUUAUACACACUACAACAGCCCUACCCUGACAUCAUUAUAUUAUACACACUACAACAGCCCUACCCUGACAUCAUUAUAUUAUACACACUACAACAGCCCUACCCUGACAUCAUUAUAUUCUACACACUACAACAGCCCUACCCUGACAUCAUUAUAUUCUACACACUACAACAGCCCUACCCUGACAUCAUUAUAUUCUACACACUACAACAGCCCUACCCUGACAUCAUUAUAUUCUACACACUACAACAGCCCUACCCUGACAUUAUAUUCUACACACUACAACAGCCCUACCCUGACAUCAUUAUAUUAUACACACUACAACAGCCCUACCCUGACAUCAUUAUAUUAUACACACUACAACAGCCCUACCCUGACAUCAUUAUAUUAUACACACUACAACAGCCCUACCCUGACAUCAUUAUAUUCUACACACUACAACAGCCCUACCCUGACAUCAUUAUAUUCUACACACUACAACAGCCCUACCCUGACAUCAUUAUAUUAUACACACUACAACAGCCCUACCCUGACAUCAUUAUAUUCUACACACUACAACAGCCCUACCCUGACAUCAUUAUAUUCUACACACUACAACAGCCCUACCCUGACAUCAUUAUAUUCUACACACUACAACAGCCCUACCCUGACAUCAUUAUAUUCUACACACUACAACAGCCCUACCCUGACAUCAUUAUAUUCUACACACUACAACAGCCCUACCCUGACAUUAUAUUCUACACACUACAACAGCCCUACCCUGACAUCAUUAUAUUCUACACACUACAACAGCCCUACCCUGACAUCAUUAUAUUAUUCACACUACAACAGCCCUACCCUGACAUCAUUAUAUUAUUCACACUACAACAGCCCUACCCUGACAUCAUUAUAUUCUACACACUACAACAGCCCUACCCUGACAUUAUAUUAUACACACUACAACAGCCCUACCCUGACAUCAUUAUAUUCUACACACUACAACAGCCCUACCCUGACAUCAUUAUAUUAUACACACUACAACAGCCCUACCCUGACAUCAUUAUAUUAUACACACUACAACAGCCCUACCCUGACAUCAUUAUAUUCUACACACUACAACAGCCCUACCCUGACAUCAUUAUAUUGUACACACUACAACAGCCCUACCCUGACAUCAUUAUAUUCUACACACUACAACAGCCCUACCCUGACAUCAUUAUAUUAUACACACUACAACAGCCCUACCCUGACAUCAUUAUAUUCUACACACUACAACAGCCCUACCCUGACAUCAUUAUAUUAUACACACUACAAACAGCCCUACCCUGACAUCAUUAUAUUCUACACACUACAACAGCCCUACCCUGACAUCAUUAUAUUCUACACACUACAACAGCCCUACCCUGACAUCAUUAUAUUCUACACACUACAACAGCCCUACCCUGACAUCAUUAUAUUAUACACACUACAACAGCCCUACCCUGACAUCAUUAUAUUCUACACACUACAACAGCCCUACCCUGACAUCAUUAUAUUCUACACACUACAACAGCCCUACCCUGACAUCAUUAUAUUAUACACACUACAACAGCCCUACCCUGACAUCAUUAUAUUCUACACACUACAACAGCCCUACCCUGACAUCAUUAUAUUCUACACACUACAACAGCCCUACCCUGACAUCAUUAUAUUCUACACACUACAACAGCCCUACCCUGACAUCAUUAUAUUAUACACACUACAACAGCCCUACCCUGACAUCAUUAUAUUCUACACACUACAACAGCCCUACCCUGACAUCAUUAUAUUCUACACACUACAACAGCCCUACCCUGGCAUCAUGACAUACACUAGCAAUACAACAAGGGUCUCCAUCUACAAUUCUGGAGAGCUACGGGGAGUACAGGCUUUUGUUCCAGCCCAGCAGUAACACACCAGAUUUGGAAUAUUCAACUUAUCAAGCUCUUCCUCUCUGCUGGACCAUGAUUAGGUGAAUCAGGUGUGUUACUGAAGGGCCAGAGUGAAAUCCUGCACACCCAGUAGCUCUCCAGAAACCCUGCACUACAACAUUAUUACCAACAUGAUGCCCUCAUAAUACACAUACUACAACCAUAACACCGUUUCACAACUAGUACUACAGCUGUUCUAGAAUCCUCAUGGUCUCUGUGUGUAGGAGGACUACAGUCACGUUCAGACCAGUAACGUGCGUUCCCAGCUCCACUUCCUGGAAGAGCUGGAGCGUCUGGAGAAGCAGAGGAGAGACGAUGAGGAGAGGGAGACACUGCUCCGCAUCGCCAGGGUACAUGUUGCAGAGUUAUGGGGUUACAGUUUUGACAAGGGGUCAAGAAGCUACUAAGACAGGGUUUAUAGGGAUUUGGAGUAUUUUGCAUUUUGCGGUGAUGGGUGCUAUAUUAUUAAUAUUAGCUACUGUGUAUUAAGUUAUUGGAAUUAAAAACAAAUGUUGACUGGAUGAUUAUAGUAUGCUGAGGGACAUGGUUACUCAUGCUUACUUACUUAAGCUGUCUGGUCUAGAUGAACUAUUGUAGACCCCUGCUGCCUCCAGACUGUGAACAUCUGUUUGUGUUUAUUUUAUUCUUCUUCACAGAGUCGCUGUAACACUGAGGACCCAGACCAGCAACUACUGAAACAACGGGCCAAAGAGGUUUGUGUGUUAUGUAAUUGUGUGUGCGCUUGCUUUACGUGAAUUUGCGUCACGUCAGCUUUAACUCUUCAAUCAGACUCCCAUUUCCAAACAGUUAGAGGGAGGGGCUGUCCCCAGGGAUGGACGAGUAGAACACACACACACCUCAUCAGCUCAUUAAGGCUCUGUGCUUUUACUGGUAGCUGCUAAGUGAGCUUCAUUUUAUAGCACAGUGGUGGAGCAUUUCUUUAAGUUUUACCCCAUCUAACCUAAUAUAUACUUUUUAGAAGUAAUGUUUGGGAAUUCUAUAAUGCCUGCUAUUUCUUAGACUAAUUGUUCAUUUAGUAAAUCAGAUGUGUGUGUGUGUAAUGUUUGGCUGGGGGGUUGGAGGGGAUGGGGCUGUAGCUAGAUGAGACAGAGCCAGCGGUAGGGUACUGGUAAUAAAGAGGGAGGAGAGGAGAGACUUUGAGAGGUUGUUUUCUCUGUUGGUGGAUCGCUCACAGCAACAAUGUUCCCAGCGGUCUCUCCACGGCAACAGCAGAAAUCAACAAAAUAGUUUCAUUUACAUACCCAGCCUGUGUGGGUGUGUGUGUUCAGACUCACCCUACACAAACACACACACACACACACACAUCCAAGCCCCAGAGAAGGUACAGCUGUAAUUGGAGCUAAUUUUAAUGGAGUCUGUUUCUGGGGCUGGAGUUGAGGCCUGCGGCAGGCACAAAGCUGAAUCAAAUUAAAACACCUACGGUGUGUGUGAGGUUGUCGCUAUGUGACCUUUACAACACUAUAUAUUAAUUGGUUGAGAUUUAGCUAGUGUGAUUCUUUAUUGGCUCACUGUAUAUCGUUUUAUAGAAAUUACCCUAGCGUCACACUGUUUUAGUUAUUCCUUAAUGAGCACUCAACUUCCCAUCCUUUAGAGCAGUGUUUUCCAAACUCUGUCCUGGGCCUCCAAGGGGUGCACAUUUUUGUUUUUUGCCCUAGCACUACACAGCUGAUUCAAAUAAUCAAAGCUGGUGAUGAGUGCUAUGGCAAAACCCAAAAAUGUGCACCCAAGGGGAGGGCUCAGAACCGAGUUUGGGAAACCCUGCUUUAGAGGGUUUUACAACCCCCCCCCCCUCUCUCUCUAUAGCUCCAGCAGUUGGAGCAGGCUCAGCUGCAGCACAGAGAAGCCAACCUCACUGCCCUGGCUGCCAUCGGACCUCGCAGGAAGAGACCACUGGACUCCAAUGGAAUCCAGGUAUGUACAGUGUGUGUGUGUUAUUAUACUGAGAGAGUGGAUGGAGGUUCUUGGUUAUCAGUGAUCUUAUGGUAUCUGUGGCUGAUUUUCAAUCUUUGACAUCAGGUGGGCAGGGGAUGUACCAGGUGGUCAGGGGAUGCUUGUAUGAGGAACACCUGUGUUAGUGUCGCCGAUAAGAAACAACAUUCAGGGGAGACUAGACCUGUGAAGCGAAGGAGCAGACAUGCGCUGGACUGUUAGUUUAGGUUAAAGAGCGUCUAAUUGAACUGAGUUUAUUUAAUUCCCUGGCCCUGCAGGCGAUGGGUUUAGAGAUGAAGCUAUGUAAACUGAACACAUUAACUGCUGCCUUUGAACUGCGUUACCUAGAGGACCCUGCAGCCUGAGGAGCUUUCCUCUCCUGCCUCCUCUCUCUUUCCUCUGUAGCGCUACAGGGCCUUCCUUUCUGCUCUCUCAGGCAUCGCCUCUGUGUGCCAGAAUGUGAAGGAGAAACGGAGGGGGGAGAAGGGAAGCUGUCUGGCAUAAUGGUGAUGUCGAAAGGUUUAGGAUGAAAGCUUUAUCUGUUGGUGGGUUUAUCUCUCUCUCUCUCUCCUUGUGUCUUCCUCCUCUCUCUGUUGGCCAUUCAUCUCUUUCUCUCUCUAUCUCUCUCCCUCUUUCUCUCUCUCUUUGUUGGGGUGUUCUUCCCCCCUCCACCCCCUCUCUUUCUCUCUCAGGUGGGGCCAGGUGGCAUUAUGUCAGUACUACAGAGGGCUGGGGUUCAGAGAGUGACUGGGGUCUCUCUGAGGGACUUACUGUUCUGUCUAGAACAGGACCCUCCUCUACGACACUCUCUCACUCUCUACAAGGGCCUGCUCAGAUAG